GCAGGUCACACCCACGUGCUCCCACUUGUUUCGCUUUCCUGGCCUGGGAGACCUGUCCCCACAGACCUGUUCCUAGGGCAAGACCUGGUCGCGUCCCCGGACGUCCUGGGAAGCCUGAAGGCUGACAGACUGAGCGCGGGUCCUCAAGGGUCUUGCCAAGUUGCCUGGGCUGGCCUGGAACUUGAGAUCCUCCUGCCUCAGCCUCCUGAGUUACUGGAAUUACAGGUGUGCACCACCGUGCCUGGCUCCAACACUGAGUAUUAAGGAAGCUUAAUUUUUGCCAGUCUGGUCCCACCAUGAGGCCCCAGCCCCUCCGGAGCCCCCGUGCUCCGCCGGCCCUGGGCGCACCGCGCUAGCCCGCAGGGCACUUGGGUGGCGUGGUGGCCAUGGCCAGCCACGUGGACCUGCUGACCGAGCUGCAGCUGCUGGAGAAGGUGCCCACGCUGGAGCGGCUGCGCGCCGCCCAGAAGCGCCGGGCCCAGCAGCUGAAGAAGUGGGCGCAGUACGAGCAGGACCUGCAGCACCGCAAGCGCAAGCACGAGCGGAAGCGCAGUGCGGGCGGCCGCCGCAAGAAGGUGUCGUUCGAGGCCAGCGUGGCGCUGCUGGAGGCCUCGCUGCGGAACGACGCCGAGGAAGUGCGCUACUUCUUGAAGAACAAGGUCAGCCCUGAUUUGUGCAACGAGGAUGGACUCACAGCCCUGCACCAGUGCUGCAUCGACAACUUUGAGGAAAUUGUCAAGCUGCUUCUUUCCCAUGGUGCGAACGUGAACGCCAAGGACAAUGAGUUGUGGACACCCCUGCAUGCUGCAGCCACCUGCGGCCACAUCAACCUGGUGAAGAUCCUCGUUCAGUAUGGGGCUGACUUGCUUGCUGUCAACUCCGAUGGGAACAUGCCCUAUGACCUCUGCGAGGAUGAGCCCACCCUGGAUGUCAUUGAGACCUGCAUGGCGUACCAGGGCAUCACCCAAGAGAAAAUCAAUGAGAUGCGGGCGGCCCCUGAGCAGCAGAUGAUUGCGGACAUCCAUUGUAUGAUCGCAGCGGGCCAGGACCUUGACUGGAUCGAUGCCCAGGGUGCCACACUGCUGCACAUAGCUGGAGCCCAUGGAUACCUGCGGGCUGCUGAGCUCCUCCUGGACCAUGGAGUGCGUGUGGAUGUGAAGGACUGGGAUGGCUGGGAGCCCCUGCAUGCAGCAGCCUUCUGGGGACAGAUGCAGAUGGCAGAACUACUGGUGUCCCAUGGGGCUAGUCUCAGUGCCAGGACAUCCAUGGAUGAGAUGCCUAUAGACCUGUGUGAGGAGGAGGAGUUCAAGGUCCUGCUGCUGGAGCUCAAGCACAAGCAUGACGUGAUCAUGAAGUCACAGCUGAGGCACAAGUCGUCCCUGAGCCGGAGGACAUCCAGCGCAGGCAGCCGUGGGAAGGUAGUACGUCGAGCCAGCCUGUCGGACAGGACCAACCUGUACAGAAAGGAGUACGAGGGGGAGGCCAUACUGUGGCAGCAGCGGAGCGCAGCCGAGGAUCAGCGCACCGCCACCUACAACGGGGACAUCAGGGAGACGAGGACAGACCAAGAGAAUAAGGACCCAAACCCCAGGCUGGAGAAGCCUGUGCUGCUCUCAGAAUUUUCUACCAAGAUCUCCCGGGGUGAACUGGAUGGGCCUGUGGAGAAUGGCCUCCGGGCCCCGGUCAGCGCCUACCAGUAUGCACUGUCCAACGGGGAUGUCUGGAAGAUGCACGAGGUGCCUGACUACAGCAUGGCCUACAGCAGCCCCAGCGUGGCCGACGCUGCCCCACCCUGGAGCAGCUACAAGGAGCAGAGCCCCCAGACGCUUCUGGAGCUGAAGCGCCAGCGGGCUGCCGCCAAGCUGCUCAGCCACCCCUUCCUGAGCACCCACCUGGGCAGCAGCAUGGCCAGGACCGGGGAGAGCAGCAAUGAAGGCAAGGCCCCCUUGAUCGGAGGCAGAACUUCACCCUACAGCAGCAACGGCACCUCGGUGUAUUACACGGUCACCAGUGGAGAUCCCCCGCUCUUGAAGUUCAAGGCCCCCAUGGAGGAGAUGGAGGAGAAGGUCCACGGCUGCUGUCGCAUCUCCUAGUCCCAGUGUGCCGGAGGAGAGCAAUGCCGCGGGGCCAGGCCCCUGGGAUCCGGGCCAGCCCCACUGCCCUGACUGCGGAGGCCUCAGAGGGCAGCCUGGGAGAGGUGGGCUCGGCUUUCCAGAGGAAUGCUGCCCCCAGCCCUCAGCCGGCUGCCCUCCGCAUCCCCGCUCCCCUCACUUCUGCUUCCUGCUGCAUCGUCUGCCAUCUGAAACGCAGUGGCCCUGACUCACUCUGCCGUCAGAUUUGGGGAGGGCGGGCUUGGGAUCUUAGUUCUGUUCUUGAUAAAGGCUUCUGGGGACCAGUCUUCACACACACACACACACACACACACACACACACACACCACACCACACACUCAUGAACUGUCAAUUCACACGUUCAGGAAUGACCUGGGCUCAUGGAGAGCAGGAGGGGCUGAGCAUUUGUGGGCCAUUCCCAAAAGGAUUGAAGUGAAGACAGUCUUGGCACAACUGCCGUGGUGGCUUAAAUGGGAGGAACCUGCUAAGCUGAGGCCCACAGUCCUGCCCAGGGUCAUACCAGGGUCCUGGGCCACCAUCCACACCCGGCAGGGACAGGAAGUCCUCUCUGUGUCCAGGGGGAGCCAGGAACCUCCAUGGGUUAGACGUGGAGGACACAGACCUACUCCUGCAGCCUCACUGAGAGCUGCCCUCCUGUCCAUCUCAGGACACAGGAGCUGCGUGACCACCCAGGGGCUAAGUGGAAAACCAGGCCAUUCUACUCCAGUUUUGCUCUUGGUAGACGUAUGAAGGGGUGGGCUGGGGAGGGAUGCAGCAAAGUCAGUGUUUCCAACUACAUUGGAUGAAAACAUUAUUUUAGGCUGUAACACUCCAGGUUUCUCCCAUGAUGGUGUCAAGAUCAGGUUUACCCAUUGGUGUUGGAAAGACGAGGCGAAGCGAGGAGUUUUGUUGGGAGGCCUUUUCCGGGGAGAGAAGUGAGUUAAUUUCUGAGAACAUUUCCGGUUGGCAGUGACAGAACCUAGCAUCCUAGCCUGUCUUUGUAAGGGAUUUGGGUCAUUCUGGUCCAGCGCAUCUCUGCCAGCCCUCCUUAGACUGAGCCAUCAGAGUGAGCUUUUGGGCCCCUUGCACCCCACUCCUUCUGCCUUACACAUCAGUCAGGUAUGCAGAGUGAAUGCUCAGGACCCCAGGCCCAGCUUUGUCUUUUCUGGAAUGCUCAGUGAGAGGAGUUUGCCAGUUGGCUCUUGUGAGUUCCUGCCUGACCCCAGGGCUCCCAGCCUACUCCUACCGGGUGGCAGUACCUCAAGGCUACAAAUCCAAGGUGCCCGUGGCCAACAUCCUGUACUGCUUUCAGGAGAGCAGAGAUAGGACUGGAGGUGGACUUCUCCCUGGCCCUACAAUGUCAUAGCCCCAGUCUUCCUGCUGCCGGGGAGGAGGGCUCCUGCCAUCUCACCAUCACAUUCUCUCAUGACCCCCUUUGAAAGUGUUGCCCAUGAGUCAGGCUCCACCCGCAGGCUUUGCCAAAUCCUAUUGGUGUAACUGACAAGCUGCAGGUUUGUUUCCUGCCCUGUGCGCCUUUAUUCAUCCUAAAACUACCUCCUUAGAGCUCUGAAGGAGCCCUCUUGGUCCAGAUUCUGAUGUGGGGAACAGAUCAGGGUUCCCUUUAACCUCCUUCUUUCUGAGCCUAUGAGAAUUCUCCCUGGGUCAGGGGACUGGGGCUGGAGGAGCCCCCCUCGUGCCACAGCCUAGUAAUGGGGUCCCCUCUUUGUCAUUUUCAGUCCUGUCUGUGGCUCCCAUGGCUUCUCUUUCCCAGAGAGGAAGCAGGACCACAAGGGAUCUGGUUGAUGCUUUACCAGGAGCAGAGCAGCUGGGCCAGAGAGUAGCCCUGGUGGCUGCUGGAAGCAGAUGGGGGUCUCCCAGCACCAGGUCUCCCCGUCCCAACUCCUGAACAGAUGUAAUCUAGGGCGGAGAUGCAGCACUGGAGACCGAAGAUAGGUGUACAUGACACCUCUCACAUCUCUGGGGUCUGGGAGUAGGGUCUCCAUCAACUCAGCAUAUGGCAAAAGCAGGGGAAUAUCCAAAAACCACGCUUUGGGCUCUACUAACACUGAAAUGCCUCUGUGGCUGACGUGGCCUAUAAGGUGGAUCGGGCUGAGGGUAGCCGCCCUCCCCAGGAGACAGCUGUGCAGGUGUUCUGAUCUUCCUGAGCAGGGGCCAGAGACUACUGUCCACAUUGAACCCUCCCGGCCAUUCCCUCCUUCCUUCUCUCCUUCUUCUGGGUCAUUCCUCUCUACCCAGAAGGCUGGGAAUCCCAGCUGAUUCCCCCAUAGGAGCUGUCCUCAGAGAGAAGUGACAGGAGCUGUCCUCAGAGAGAAGUGACUCCUGGGCUUUAGCUCUUGUUUUCCAUCAGGGAUAAAUGUUCCCUGUUAGGACUUCAAGUCCCUGGAGAGCUCUCCCUGUAGGUCUCCUGAAUGUUGAGGGAUGAGUUGGAGAACAGCUUCCAGGAUCAUCAGUUCAUUCAUUCACGAAACUUCCUGAGUAGCUGAAACAUACCAGGCACUAUGGCAGGUUCUGCAGAAGAAGGAGGAACAAAGAUGGAGUAAGGAGAGCCCUUCCUGGUUUUCAUCAUUUGAGGACCACAGGCAUCAGUAGCCCUACCUGGUUCACCUGAGCAGAGGGACUGCAUCCCAACCCACUGUCCCCAGGCUGUUCAGCUUCUGGAAUCCUUAAGAGUGUGAAUCCUUUUAACUGGGAAAUACCUUCAUGGCCACCCCUGGAUAACAUUUGCCACUGAGUGAAGAUGCUGAAUCUAGGGUCCCAGGCAGGCACCAUCCCAAGUCCGUCAGGAACCUUCAGAGUUAGCUGCCUUUGGGCCAGCAUCCCUGGGGGGCGGGGGGAGGGAUUGUAUAAUAGCAGUCUGAGGUCAUUGUCUAGAAGAAUAAGGAGUCUGCAGUUUUGCUGUCAAAUGCAUCUCUGGUCCUUAAAGUCGUUGCAUCUUGCUUAUCUAUCAUUCCCCUACUCCACCAGUGGACACUGGGAGGGAAGCAGCCACUACUUUAACAUCAAGCCUUUCCCAUGACUCAGCUUCUCUCCCUGGCGGGUGUGGAUCAAGGAGCUGGGAGAAACUUGGCACGGUCCACCCGAUGCCCAGCUCCUGCUGAGACCCAGGUCUGGUGGCAAUUCCUGGCAGAUUGAUGGAGGCUAUUUCCAAAGCAGGUGCCGCCUGGCUUGCUGUGAGCUCUGGCUCUUGCUCCCACCUUAUGCACCAAACAAUUGGAAAUUGUUAGUGGUUAUCACCAGAUUGUGAGUUUCCGGUCAGUAGCUCAGGGAACCUGAAUGAACCCUAGGCCCAGGUCUACUGAAGACUUCAGGAUAUAAUUACAUCAACUAUACAGCUCUACACUGUUUGAUCAGUUUUAGAAAGCUUCGAAAAGUAGACAAAGAUGUGGCCCCUGUCCGGGCCCACCACAAAUUUGCUGACUUUGUAAUAACAUGCGACUCUUGGUUCUUGGUGUCAGACACUGAUUCUGAGCUCUCUCUCCCACCUGCUCUCCCAGAGCAGGAUGCUGGGGUAGUUUCCAGAAGGGCACUCCUUCCAAGAUGCCCAGAAGGACUGUGUGUAACUCCUGCUAUUUGUAGCCUGGGGUUAGCCUCCCCUCCUCAAGGGCACACAAGACCAAAGGGUCACAUGGUCAGUGGACAACUCCGCAGGAGUGACUCCCUUUGCCAGAAGCUAUGGUCCUCUCUAGUUUGGUUAGAGGGCCUGCUUCCAGUGGGCAUUGCAAGUGCCACUGUGCGGGGCCUGGCUCUGCACACCCAGGAAAAGUCUGCAGACCCCCAGCCCUCCGCAAUAAUUCACCAGACCAGAAGCCACUGAUGUACAGAGAACACUUAAGAAAAAUGUAUUUUAUGUGAAAAAAAGUUAAAACUCUGUAUACUGUAUCAGCAGCUUUGUGUAAAAAAUGGCAAUCAAGAGAGUCUAAUAUAUUUAAAACUUUUUUUAAAAAAAAUCCUCAUGGAUCUUUGAUAUUGUAUUGAAGUAACUUCCUGGUAACUCCUCGCCAUGUGGCAGUGGCGGGCCUCAUGUCCAAGACUGGGUUCAACCACAUCCUGAAGGGGGCACAUGCCCCUGGAGUUGCUUCCAGCUGCCAAGGCCUGUAACGGAAUUCGCUGUUAAGAGUUUUUAAUUAAGAUUAUUAAAUUCCUUUUAAUAACA